AUGAAUAAAAGCUCAUCAGCAUCAACAGUUCCACCUCAUUCAACCCCUCAUACAGCACAUUCAACAUCCUCUUCAUCUCUACCUCCAUUAUCAUCUACACAUCACACAAAUACAUCAUCUACGUCGAAUAAUAAUAAUAAUAGUAAUAAUAACCACAACCACAACCAUCAUCACACUACAGCAGCUACAACAACAACAUCAACAACAGGUACAGGUACUACAGCAGCAACAACAUCAACAUCAACAUCAUCAACAAUACCAAUAAAUACAGCAGGAAUUCAUACGAGUAAUAGUAAUUUAGCGACAGCAACAAAUACACCAUCAUCAUCACCACAAGUUUCAACAUCAGUAGAAAGAAGAUUUUGGAUGAACGACAGAGGCUCAAGAAGAUCAUCAACCUCAUUAACACAACAACCAUUAACUAUGAAUAGAUCAUCAAAUAAACUACAUGCUGCCGUCUCAGCUAGAGAUUUAACAAGACUAAAACAAAGAUUAUCACAACCACGUAAAGCAAAGAUCGAAUUGGCAGAAUAUGAUUCAAUGGAUCAAACUCCUCUUUGUGCUGCUUUAAGAAAUGGUUCACAUGAUAUAGUUAGAGAAAUUUUAUUUUUCUAUCAAUCAAAUAAAAUGGAUAUUAAUGAUCAAGAUAAAAGUGGUUAUACACCAUUACAUGUUGCAGCAUCUCAUUGUGAUGAUCAAAUUCUAAUGUUAUUAUUAAAUUAUGAAGGCAUCAAUGUAAAUAUAACAAAUGAAGAUAAAAAUUCUGCACUUCAUUACUUUUGUCAAAAGUUUAGAUCACCAAAUUGUCAAGAACCAUUUUCAAUAUUUUUAAAGAAAGGUGUAAAUGUAAAUGCACAAAACAAAAAUGGUGAAACCCCAUUACAUAAAUCAAUUUUUAAUAAUACUGUUCGUUUACUUAUGGUAAACAUGUUAUUAGAUGCAGGAGCAGAAGUAAAUGUAUUAAAUUCAAGAGGUGAAAGUCCACUUCAUUUUGCAGUUCGUCUUGGUAGAGAAGAUUUAGUAUCAGUUUUAGUUAAAGCAGGAGCAGAUAUUACAAUUAAAGGAAAUGAAAAGAAAACAUGUUAUGAGUUAUCUUUAACGAUUGGGAAUCAAAGAGUUAUAAAUUUUUUAAAGAAUGUUCAAGAUAUUUUCAAUUGGUUGAAAUCAAUAGAUUUGGAACAAUAUUGGUUAAAUUUUGUAAAGGAAGAGAUAUUUAUGGACUUACUAUUGGAUAUUGAUGAAAGAACAUUGGAUUCAUUAGGUAUCACCUAUAGUGGUCAUCGUUUAAAAAUAAUUAGAAAUUGUAGAAUAUUAAGAGAUCAACAACUAUUGAGUACUGCCAAUAGUAAUGUUACCACAGGUAGUGGUAGUAGUGGUUCAACAACAACAACCACCACCACUACCACCACCACCUCUGGUUGUGGUGGAUUAAAUGUACCAGAGAAUAAAAAGGUAACACAAUUAUCAAUCGAAUCAUUAAAAUCAAAUCCACCAAAUAGUAUGGAUUCAACUGGUAGUAUUAGUUCAGAUGAUUUGAAAGAGUCAUUGACAAAUCUUGAACAUUGGGUUAUUGAUCACUCAGAGUUGGAGUAUACAUUAAAAUUGGGUAGUGGUAGUUCAGGUAAGGUUUAUAAAGGUUUAUAUAAGGGUAAGGAAGUGGCAGUCAAAGUAUUGAAAUCAAUCACCACUCAAUCACAAUUGGAGGAAUUUAAAAAGGAAUUUCAAAUUAUGGGUUCAAUUCGUUCUCAAUUUAUGGUAACAUUUUAUGGUGCAUGCAUUGAACCAAAACUUUGUAUGGUCAUGGAGUAUUGUAGUCGUGACUCAUUGUAUCAUGUAAUGAACACCAAAAAGUAUGACAUUGGUUGGGACAGAUUCUUUCAAUUCACCAUGCAAAUGACAUUGGGUGUACAGUGUCUUCACAAUUGGACACCUCAAAUUGUACACAGAGACUUUAAGAGUUUAAAUCUUUUGGUCAAUGAAGAUUGGGAAUGCAAAGUUUCAGAUUUUGGUCUUAGUCGUUUUAAUACCGCCGAUAAUUUAGAAACACUCAGUAAGAUUCGUGGUACCUUUGCCUAUUGUUCACCUGAAGUCGCCGUAGGUAAUGGUAGUCUCUACACUACCAAAUCUGAUAUCUACAGUAUUGGUAUCGUCUUUUGGGAAUUAGUAACUCGUGUUAUCAAUGGUGAAUACUCUCGUCCCUACAGUGAAUAUUCUCACAUCAAAAUGGACUUUCAAAUCAUGUUAAACUCAAAGGAAGGUUUAAGACCAACCUUACCUCAAAAUACUCCACCUGGUCUUGAAGCACUCUACAAACAAUGUGUAAACCAAGAACAAACCUUAAGACCAAGUUGCGAAGAAAUCAUUGAAACUUUAAAUCGAUUGAGACAUGAAUAUAUGUCUUCAAAAACUACUUGGGAUUCUUUAAUUAGAAAACUACCAUCUUUAUCACCACCACCUCAACCAACUACUACAACAACAACUACUACUUCUUCUUCCACUUCAACAAAUAAUAUAAAUAAUAACAUAAAUAAUAACAAUAAUACUUAA